AUUACACACUGCUACGUGUCGUUUAUUUAAUGGAGGAGCAGACCUGAAGGAACACGGGAUCUAAAAGAAAAAUGGUAGUUACCGAGGUUUGUCAUCGUGACUGCGAAGAAGUAGCUGUCACUGAAAACAUGGAUAACAAUCAACCCAACGGCGAACUGGUCCCGACUAAUGAACAGAAUAAUGACGAGAGAAAUGUAAAUGCAGACAAUGACGAACAGAGAAGGAAACCUCAGCCAUCGCGCUUAGAAUCAUUUUUUGCCAUAACAAAGUCGAUAAUCAUAAGGGCUCUCAUAAUUUAUUUUAUUAGUAGCUUCUUUAGACGUCCUGAUAAUAAUUCCAAGUCUCCCAAUACCAUUAGUGAUACACGCUUACAAGCUGUAAAUAUAUUCCCGAACGGAACGUUAUUUGAUCUUAGUGUUUAUCUGUCAGAAUCUGAGAACUUUAAAAGUUUCAAUGACUCGCGAUCUUUGAUUUGGUUUGAGGAAGGAUUAGUUUACGGAGAUUGGUAUAGUGGGCCAGAUCAAGAUGGCUCCAGAGUUCUCGAAUAUUCGUUUAUUCCCUCAGAAAGAUUGAAAAUGAAUGGCUCUAUCUAUCUUCACAUAUAUAUAACGAAAAGUGGCAAAUCACCAAAUCCUAAGGUUGGUAAGGGAGUCUACGCUGGUGACUAUAUGUCUUAUACGAAAAAAAUGUUGAAUAAAUUUAAGAGAAUCAAAUAUCAGAAAAGGCAUAAUUUAUUAACUGGUGAAACCACAGCUAGCAAAGAGGAAUUGGAGAAAGCUGAGCUGAUGGAUCAAGAGUAUGUCUCACACUGGCAUCCAAAUUUGACUGUUAAUUUGGUGGUUGAUCAAACCAAUUGGGUAUAUGGUCAAGUACCACAGCCACUGGAUGAAUAUAUAUAUUUUUUACCUGGUGGGAAUUCAUAUAAGCCAAUAAUAUAUAUGAAUGAUUUUUGGAAUAUGCAAAGGGAUUAUCAACCGUUGAAUAAUACUGUAGAGCAGUUAGAACUCAGAUUGACUUAUCAGCCACUUUCAUUGUUCAAAUGGCAAAUUUAUGCAGCUCAAUCUGUUAGAAAUAAAUGGACGUCAUCGUUUAUGGGAGAUGUAGCUGGUGAAGAUGAUAAUGAUCAAGAUACUUUGAAGGAGACUUUACUCGAGACAAACCCAUAUCUACUAGGAUUGACCAUAAUUGUGUCAAUUCUGCAUAGUGUAUUUGAAUUUUUAGCAUUUAAAAAUGAUAUUCAAUUUUGGAACAACCGGAAGUCCUUGGAGGGUCUGUCUGUGCGCUCUGUAUUUUUCAAUGUAUUCCAGUCUCUCGUUGUUCUACUUUACGUUCUAGACAACGAGACAAACACGGUGGUGCGCAUCAGUUGCGCGAUAGGCUUGUGUAUUGAAGUGUGGAAGAUCAACAAGGUCAUCGACAUCAACGUUAACCGGGAGGUGAAGGUACUCGGGAUCUUCCCGAAGAUAUCAUUCCAAGACAAAGGCUCAUACGUGGAGUCUUCCACGAAGGAGUACGACAGGCUCGCCUUCAAGUACCUAUCAUGGGCCUUAUACCCGCUGCUAGGAGGAUACGCUAUCUACUCGCUCAUGUACUUGGAGCACAAAGGCUGGUACUCCUGGAUUCUCAACAUGCUGUAUGGGUUCCUGCUGACUUUCGGCUUCAUCAUGAUGACGCCGCAGCUGUUCAUCAACUACAAACUGAAGAGCGUCGCGCAUCUUCCGUGGCGUAUGCUGUCCUACAAAUUCCUCAACACGUUCGUCGACGAUAUCUUUGCAUUUGUGAUAAAGAUGCCGACCCUGUACAGGAUCGGUUGCUUCCGUGACGACAUCGUUUUCUUCAUAUUUUUGUACCAAAGAUGGAUAUACAAGACCGACCACACCAGGGUGAACGAAUUCGGUUUCUCGGGCGAGAUGGAAGCGCAACUCGCGGAAAAUAAGAAUCAACAGGUAGCCGUUAAGGACCGCCCGACGCACGAACUGAUGAAGAAGAACGAAUAAUACCUGGUGCAUAGCUCUAGCAUCAAAUACGUUGCCCUGUGUUGCCCCCCGAAUUAGUAAUACAUCAUGCCCGAUACCAAAAUAAUGUAACUACACACACAUACAUACACACAUUUAUGUUUAUUUAUACUAGAGGGGUUCUUAACCCGGGCUGCGUAAAUUCCCGAAAGCUCCGUCAUGAGAUCGCAGACACGACCCGUGAACUUGAGAGAAACGAGAGGAAAGGAUUAUAUCUUCACAUUGUAACUUAAGCUUGCGUAUAUUUUAAAUGUAUGUUGAUAUUUAAUGGGUUAAUAAAGAAGCACUUAUAUUACUA